AUUCAUUCAUUCUCUUCCUUCGUUUAUCAUUUUACUUUUAUUUUCCAUUUGAACCAGACACCAAAAUUACGGAAGCGAUACACUAUGGCGACUGACUCGGAUGACUCGUCCUUCCCCUUCCCAAACAAGCGUCGCAAAACCCUAUCCUCGACCUCCAAGUCGAAAAUCCAAGACAACCCCAAUCACUCUCAUUUCGAAGCUCAAGAACAGCUACAAUGGACUGCCAAUUCCAAUUCCAAUUCCAAUUCCCCUUGCAUGAUCUGCUUAUCCGACAGUGCCAAAUCAAUCAGAGGCAUAAUCGAUUGCUGCGACCAUCACUUCUGCUUUCUUUGCAUCAUGGAGUGGGCCAAGAUCGAAUCCCGUUGCCCCAUAUGCAAGCGGAGGUUUAGCACCAUUCAUAGGCCGUUCAAGGACGGUGUCUUUUACCGUGAACGCGUCGUCAAGGUCCCAGUCCGUGACCAGAUUUACACUCCUUAUGGAAACACAACAGCUGGGCCUUCUGAUCCUUUUUCACAAGUUCUAUGUAGCAUAUGCCAUCAAACGACAGAUGACAAUCUUCUAUUACUUUGUGAUCUUUGUGAUUCGGCUUCUCAUACAUACUGUGUAGGCUUGGGUUUUACCGUUCCUGAAGGUGAUUGGUUUUGCCAUGACUGUACUGUCUGUAGAACACAACUUGUCAAUAGGGAAAUGCAUGCUGAUAGUGACAAUGGAAAAGUAAUACCAACUCCUGAGGAGCAUGUUACCAUCUUUAAUAUAGUAAGAGAACCAAAUAGCCCAGCAGUUGCCAGAAAGGCCACAAGAUCUUCAAAUCUAAACCUGCUGUCACCUCUUGUUGCCCCAGAUAGGGGAAACAGCGUUGUAGUGGAAGUAAAUGGCCCUGCUGCAAGAACACUUCAGAAUGUUACUGAUGGAACAACCCAGUCAGGUGCAAGAACAUUGCAACGUUGUCGUCACGUGCACAGUCAUAUCCAGGCACUUCGUGAAAAUUGGCAUGCCUUCCGUAAUGGGUCAUUGAGCUUCUCUUCCCUUGCAUCUAAACCUGGCUGCGGGAGUGGCCAAAAAUCGAACAUCAGGGCAGUAUUGCAUGAAAGAUUGGAUCAACAAAAUUCAUCAUCUUCCACAAGUUGUCAGCAAUUGACGACUGAGGCUAGUUUUCCUGGAAGUUCUGGGCACGACAGAAGCUCGCAUGACAUUGAUAAGGCAUGGAAAAUGUUGUUUAAAGCAAAGUCCAUACAGAAUACUCUUGACAAGCCCAGUUGUACUAAUCAGGUUUCAAAACUUCAUUCCAGCACAGGAAAAGCUGCAAAAGAUGCACCCAGUAUUAGUUCAACUUUUCAUUCAUUGAAAAAUAAACAAUUUGGAGCCGAGGAUGUUGGAAGAAUUGCUAUGAAGAAGCAUUAUGAUUGUUAUUCUCUUGAAAAAGAUAUAGGAAAUUGUCAAUCUGGUAAGGUAAAAAAGCAGAAGCAUAGUAGUGUCACUACUAAAGAAACUGUAGAAUCUAGUGAGAGUGAGGGUGUCGCAGCAACACAUUCCCUAGCAUCUUUCAAAUCUUCGUUCUCUAGAAAUAAAUGGUCAGGUAUUCAAGGUAAUGUCCGUGGUAAAAAUGGGUCAAGACUGUUACAGGGAUAUGUAAAUGGAGCCUCAUUAAAUUUCACCGACAAGGACAAUGAAUCUACUUGUUCAAUGAGUUUGGUUGGAUCAAUGCCAAGAGUUGCUGAUUCACCAUAUGUUAAAACAGAGCUCAAUACAUCUGUGCCUGGUGAGGUAGAUUUUCCGAAUGAGAGAGUUAGAUCUGGAAAGGAUCUUACUGAAAGCAAUGCAGUUAAAGAUGAUGAAGCCAAAAGUGAGAUUCGAUCUCUUGUCAAGCUCAACUUGAAGCUCCUAAGCAGAGACAAAAAGUUGGGAGUUCAUGCUUUUAAGGAAAUUGCAAGGCUUGCCACUCAUACUAUCUUGGCCGCAUGUGGUUUAGAGCACCGUAUGUCUGGGGUUCACCCCUUCCCGAGCUCAGUGUGCAGCCACACUGAACAUCUUCAGCAGCUCCACAAGUCCACUCUAAUGCCUAAUUCUUGCCGAGAAUGCUUUUGUAUCUUUGUAAAGGAUGUUGUUAACUCCGUUAUGUUGCAGAAAGUCAGUUGUAUUGAAUCAAACUGAGUUAUUCAGCAUGCGGAAAGCAAGACUACCCUAUCCUUUUAAUACCCAAUUACAGAAGUAUGCUUCAUAUCCUUCUGCAAUUUCCUCCCAUUUUAGAGAUUAUUCUACUUGUUUUGUACUGAUUCAAGGAAGAGAAUAACUUUUCACCGGUGCUUCCUAUAAGCUUCAUUUAUCGAAGAUCAUAGUGUAGUGCCACAUAAGAGCUACAAUUUUAAACCUCAAAGCUGCGCUGCAGGGGAUUUGCUUUUCUGUCGUGACACCCCCUCCCCAGUUCCCCUCUCUCCCUUUCCCUCGAACCAAAACCCCCCUCCUUUCUCUCUCUAUCUCUGCGUCUGUCCCAGGUCUCUCUCUCUCUCUCUCUCAAGACAGGUAGAUCAUCUGAAUCAAAUUUAUUGGCAUUUUCCGAGAGGGAAUCCAAGUCUUCAGGUGAAGAGAAGAUGCCCAGGAGGCAUUCUAAAUCUGGUUUAGAAUUGUUGAGCAAACUUAGGGAGCAAAACGUCCCUUCUGUGAAGAAGAGAAAUAAGCUCUAUAGGAAGGAACUUGCGCUUGCUUUUCUUCUACUCACUACACCUGUCAGGGGCCUCUAAUCGGCACAUAGAGUUCAUUUCUAUUUCUUGCUGUUGCAAGGGUUGUCUUUUCUGGUUGUGGGUGUGGAUUUAAUUGGAGAGCAGCUGAGCUAAAAUGGAAAUAUAUUGAAUAUAAUGAAAUUAAAGAGCAAAAAUGGAAAUUUCCAUAUAUUUAUUGUUGU